UGUUCAAUUUUUUCACGGCCAACAACAGCAGGAACAACAUUUGUUUGUUUUGAACAUUUUAAUAUUUCAAUCUGUUGUUCCAAUGAUCGUAUUUGUUCUUGAAGUUUUUCAAUUGUAUUGGCCAUUUUUUUUUGUUUGUUUGUUUGGUCGAUAAUUUGGAAUGUAAUUUGUUUUUGAUUGUCGUUGAAUAUAAAUGCAAUGUGGCAAUCAGUCGAUCAAUUGCCUCGUGUCACGUUAAAAUUAUGAACAGCGCCGAAUCCUUAUAAUCAUGAUCAUCAUUGGAGAGCAGAUGUUAUACGGAUCCACAAUGUAUAUAACAGGUGUGUUGAUUAAAUUCGAUCGAUUCAAUGGAUCCAGUGUGUAACGUUGUUUAUGAAUAAACAUAUUCUAUGCCAAUUUUUUUUUGACGCAUUAUCCAACACGAGACAAGAUUCAAUCAAGAAUAAAUAUUUUUUUCUUAUCAUAAAUUUUCAUGAAUGUAAAAAAAUCAUCAUCAUCAUAUUAUGACUUGUGAAAUAUUGAUUAGUAUUAGUCUUGGUGAUAAUUUUCCACUUAAAGAUGAUUAUCUACUUAAAGAAUGUAAAACGAAUGCCAUUUUGGAGGCAAAAUUCAAUGAUGAAUUAUUACAAAGUGAUCCAAUUGAAAUUGAUUCAGCGAAUCCAGAAUUAGCAACAGAAUUAGGUUUCCGUAUAAAUCGUAAAGAUUUUCAUCAAUUUCGUACUGAACGUAAAUCAAUUAAAUUGCAAUGUUUUGUCGAAUAUUCUACGCAGCCAUCAAAUGAACGACAUUUUAUUGGUUAUGUUGUAUUACAUUUACGUGAUGCACAAGAUUAUACAACGGAACCAAAAUAUAAAUGGGUUGUACUAUUGAAUGCAAAAUAUAAAGGUUCAUCAAAUAAACGGCCACAAUUAUAUCUAGCGUUAAUGGUGAAUAAAAAUGAAAAUGAUACCACCAUUGGUGAUGGCGGUGGCAACCAUUUAGAAACAUCAACAUCAUCGAUAAUGGAAUCAUCAUCAAUCAAUCAAUUUAGUCGUUCAAUUAAAAAAGAAGGUAAAUCAUAUUUUAUUGAUUCAAUAAUGAGCAUCUAUAGUAGUGAUUUUAAUUCAAAUUUGGCCAUUGAAAUUACGAAUAAAUGUGUUUAUAUAUGGAAUAAAAAUAUCUGUGAUAAAGAUGAUUGUCUACAGAUAUUUACCAUACACAUACAUAUGAAUCGUCCUAAAAAUCUUGUGAAUCUAUUGCCUACCACCAAUCAUGAUGAAUCAGAAUCAUCAAUGAAUAAGCAACAAUAUUUUUUCCGUUAUGUUCUAUUCGGUAAACAAAUCAAAACCAAUUCAUUUUCCGAUAUCGAUGAUUGUCAAGAUUUCAACAUACAUAAAUAUUCUGUCAAUCUUCGAACAUUCAAUAAAGAAAUGUUACAAGAAUAUUUUGAAUCCUAUCCAACUAUUGAAAUACAAUUCUGUUCAUCAAAUAAUGAAUUAAUUGGUUUCGUCACAAUUAAUCUGUUGAAAUUAUUUCAGCAAAAUAAUGCUUUUAUCCAUGGAAAUUUUGUUAUCGUUCCAGAAGAAGAAUCUGUCUACGUGAAGGAUCCAUUUCCUGUCAUCAAUCUACGACUGUUUAUGUUGAAUCAGAAUAAAAAUGAAACAUUUGUAGAACGACCAAUUGAUUUCAUAAAUCAUUAUUAUAUUGCCAUCGAUCUGCGUACAAUUCGAUUAAGUUAUACGAAUAAUGAUAAUGUAUGUCAGAUUCUAUUCCAACCAUUCUAUCUACAAUUUUCAUAUGCAUUUUUUGGUGCUACUGAACCAAUAAAAACAUAUCCAUCGAUACGUUUCUCACGUGAAACACCUGAACAAGAAAUCACCAUACCGCAUGGUUUUUGUGGAUUUAAUUUAGCCACUACGUGUGAAAAACUUUUUUAUACAUUUGAAAAUCUACCUCUUAUCAUACAAUUAAUUCUGGAUGAAGAUAAUACAUUGCUUGGAACAAGUGAAAUUAAUCUUAAAUGUUUAUUGAAAAAAUCUCAAACCAUUGAAAAUGAUGGUGAUAAUAAUGAUGAUGAUGAUGAUGAUCAACAACAACAACAACAACAACCGUCCAUAAAUGAAUCAGGCUCAAUAAUUGAUAAUAAUGGAACGCUCAAUGAUAAUUUUGUACAAAUUGAAGCUGCCGUUUAUGAUGAACUUAGUGAUCAGAUUUGUGAAAUGCAAAUCAUAAUGUUUAUACAGGAAUUAUUUGAUACCGUCCAUAAUAAUAAUGAUGAUGAUAAUAAUGAUCAUACAUCAUCAUCAGCAUUUAUUCAAUCACAACAAAUUAAAAAACAAUCAAUUUCCAAUCAUCGAUUACAAUCAACAAUUGCUCAACAAAAACGAACAACAAAUCCAUCAUCGAAAUCAUCGAUAAUGACACAAUCAUUAUAUGGUAAUAAUGAAUUCAAUGAAUCAAUGAAACCAAAACAAUCAAUGGAUUUGAUUGAAAAAGAACGGCAAUUAGAUUUAUUAAUGAAAAAAUUAGAUGAACGUGAACGGAUAUUGUUUGAACAAGAAAAAAUUUUGGAUAGAAAACAAAAAGAAAUUGAAAACAACAGUAAAUUUAUGAAUCCGGAUUCUGAUCUUGAAUCCGUGUUGAAAAAAGUACAAUGUGAUUAUGAAGAAAAAAUUAAUCAAUUAAAAAUAAAAAACAAUUCAUUGGAACAAGAAAAAUUUCGUUAUCAGGAAAAAAAUUAUCAAUUAGAAAGAAAAUGGAAAGAAAAAAUGGCCCGUAUCCGAGAAUUGGAAGCCAAAGUAUUUGAAUUGACACAGCUGAAUAAACGUAAACAAUCUGAUCACCAAUCAUCAUCGAAUAAUAAUCAACCAAGACGUAUUGUAAUACAAAGAGAUUUUCAUCCAGAAAACAUUGAAUCAAAUUUGAACAAAAUGUCGAUAACAAAUAUGAAAACAUCAAAUCUACCAGUACGUUCAAAAUCAAUUACACGUCCAUUAUGUGGUGGUCAACAACAACAACAGCCAUCAACAUCGAAAGAAAAUUUUUAAA